GCAAGCAAACAUGAUCUCCGGGAAAUUAUGUUCUCUGGAUCUUUGUUGUCAACAACGUAUUAGUUUAACAGUGCAUUUUUUAUUCUGACGGAAGCUUUAACAGCCCAGGCAGCACAAUUCUUGGGUAAUGGAGGAAAGAGACCAUCUCAAUAUGCCAUCUGAAGACGCCGAAUCACCUUGGUCCUGGAUUCCAUUGAUGAAAGAUCCAGGCUGGAUCCGAAAUGUCUGGACUCGUAACCUGAACGCACAAACCAUGAAUUACGUUGGGCAGUUAGCAGGCCAAGUCUUUGUGACUGUGAAGGAGCUCUAUAAAGGAUUAAAUCCUGCCACGUUGUCGGGGUGCAUAGAUGUCAUUGUUGUCCGCCAGCCCGAUGGAAACCUCCAGUGUUCUCCUUUCCACGUGCGUUUUGGAAAGAUGGGAGUUUUGCGUUCGAAGGAAAAAGUGGUUGACAUAGAAAUCAAUGGAGAAUCUGUGGAUUUGCAUAUGAAAUUAGGGGACAACGGAGAAGCAUUUUUCGUGGAGGAAACGGAUGAUGACCAGGAGGCAAUUCCGUACCACCUGGCCACAUCUCCCAUUCUGUCAGAGGGAACAGCACUCAUGGAAUUACAGUUGAAGAGAAACUCCAUAGAGAGGAUAAGAAACAUAGACACUGGUGGCACUUCCCAGCUAUCAAACGCUGCUUCUGCAUGUACAGUUGAACCCACCUCUUCUGGUUGUUCUGUGAAGAAAAGGAGGAAGCGGAGAAGGAGAUCUGCUCACAAAAUAGACACUUCAAAAAGAGAUGAUAACGACGAUACUACUGAAGAUGAAAACAUGUUCCCUAUAGAAAUGAGUUCUGAUGAAGAAAAUGAGCUUUUAGAUAGUACAAGAAUAUCUGCCUCUGAUCUGUGUAGGGAUGACAUGCUUGAAGUGAAUCCAUCUUCAGUCAGUAUACUCUCUCACCCACAUUCGGAUGGAGAAUGGUCACCCCCACAAAGUAAAUCUAGAACUUGCCCAGGGAAGUCCUCUCAUCUUACUGUUCCAGCAGAUGGAGGAUUAUCUAGUUCUUGUCCUCACCAGUCUUCUCACUAUCCUGCUACAGACAGUCCUUCGAGUUCACGGCCCCCUACACCUAAAAGUGAUUCAGAAUUGGUCAAUAAAUCUUUGGAAAGGGGUGUUCAGAAGAAUAAUCCACAAAUGCAUUGGGACUGGGGAGAACUACCUCAAGCCACAAAGUCUUCUAUUCUGCUCAGGCCAAAAGAACCCUGCUCUGCAGUGAGUGUGAAUCCUUCUGAAAGCACUCACUUUCGAGUCAUUCAAAAUAAUGCUUCGGAGGAGCUUCAGAGUAUUACUCCCUUACCUGUCCUGGAGCAAAUGGAUGCUGUGAUGACUCUGGCAGAACCUGAACUUCAGGGAGCAGUACUGGAGAUAAAUGAGCCAGAUGUGGAAAUGUUAGGGGCAGCUGCACCUCCGCUCUCUGCAAACGAAGAAGUCAAGCAGGCUGCGACUUGCUCGCCCCAGCCAGUGAGCAAAACUGAUUUUCCCUCCAGGAAAAAAGAUAAGCGCAGCCGACAUCUUGGUGCUGACGGUGUGUAUUUAGCUGACAUCAGAGAUAUGGAGCCAGAAGUUGCUGCACUCUAUUUCCCUAAAAACGAUGAUCAGAGUGCCCACUCAAAGAAUGCAAGCGAAAAUGGACCUCGCUCAGCUAAUCAGUCCCCUCAGUCAGUUGGAAGCUCAGGCAUCGACAGUGGCAUUGAGAGCACCUCGGAUGGAAUAAGAGACCUGCCAUCCAUUGCCAUCUCACUUUGUGGAGGACUUAGCGACAACAAAGAAAUAUCUAAAGAAAGGUUUUUAGAACAAGAAGUGACUUAUCAGCAGUUUGUGGACAAUCCUGCUAUCAUUGAUGACCCUAACCUUGUGGUGAAGAUCGGAGGCAAAUACUACAACUGGACAACAGCAGCUCCCCUUCUGCUGGCAAUGCAGGCAUUUCAGAAACCUUUGCCAAAGGCCACUGUGGAUUCUAUAAUGAGGGAUAAGAUGCCCAAAAAAGGUGGAAGAUGGUGGUUUUCAUGGCGAGGGAGGAAUAGCUCUAUCAAAGAGGAAGCAAAGCCCGUGCAAGGUCUGAGUGGAAAAGAAGAGUUGACUGUUGCAGAUAGAAUUAAAGAUGAGUCUUCCUCAAGUGAUGAAGACCCUAGAGCUCCAAAUCAAGCCUUUGCAUCAUCAACAAAUCCCAGUCACCUUCCAAUAUUGUCUGGAGUAGGUUACAAAAAGACCCUUCGGCUCAGCUCAGAACAGCUUAAAAGUCUAAACCUUAAGAAUGGCCCCAAUGAUGUGAUUUUUAGCGUUACAACACAAUAUCAAGGGACGUGUCGCUGUGAAGGCAUCAUCUAUUUGUGGAACUGGGAUGACAAAGUUAUUAUUUCUGACAUUGACGGCACAAUCACAAGGUCAGACACUUUAGGUCAUAUCUUGCCCACUCUUGGCAAAGACUGGACACAUCAAGGGAUUGCCAAAUUGUACCAUAAAGUGAGCCAAAAUGGAUAUAAGUUCCUGUACUGUUCUGCACGUGCCAUAGGGAUGGCAGAUAUGACCCGAGGAUACUUGCACUGGGUCAAUGAACGGGGUACAGUGCUACCUCAAGGUCCUGUGUUACUGAGUCCCAGUAGUUUGUUCUCAGCUUUCCACAGAGAAGUAAUAGAGAAGAAACCAGAGAAGUUUAAAGUUCAGUGUCUAACCGACAUAAAAAACUUGUUUCACCCCAACACAGAACCUUUUUAUGCUGCCUUCGGCAAUAGGCCUGCUGAUGUGUAUUCAUACAAGCAAGUGGGAGUUUCACUAAACAGAAUAUUCACUGUUAAUCCUAAAGGAGAGCUUAUUCAAGAGCAUGCAAAGACCAACAUCUCAUCGUAUGUGAGACUCUGUGAAGUGGUAGAUCACGUAUUUCCCUUGCUGAAAAGAAGCCAUUCUUCAGACUUCCCAUGUUCUGACACCUACAGUCAUUUCACGUACUGGAGGGAUCCACUGCCACCUUUUGAAAACCAGGAUGUCCAUUCUCAUGUGCCAUAACUGCUUCUGAAUCUCCUUGCCAGCAACUCUCUUCUGUGUUUCAGUGAUGCAGCAGGAUCUAACCAUUUACGACUCACCUGGAGUUUGGGAUGUAGUGAACAUUUUCUUAAAUGUCAGUUCAGGAAUUGCUUUUUGUCCUUUUAAAGUAACAUUGCUGAAAGCGCACUCCCAGAUCUUCUCCAAUACCAUGCUCAAGAUAUAUGGCAUAUAUAGUCUUGUUACAUAAGGACGUUUCUGAAUGUGAUUCUCAGAAGCAAACGGUCUUCGGGGGUUUCCCCUGUCAACUUCCAUACCAGUGUGGGAUAUGUUUCCAGUCUGGGGCAUUGCUGGGGCCUUCCAGCCCUUAUUUUUUAGGUAGAGAAGGAUGAACUAACUUGAAGCCUCUGAGCUGAAAUACCUGCUUUUAUUAGAACCACCGCCCUUGGUCAACAAAAUAUGAUCAAAUCAGUUGAACUCAAUCUCAAUUGGUCUGUUACUCUUCAGAUAGCCUAAACAUUUAAAGGAAAUCUGUAAUCGCUAUUGCUGUACUAAUUUGAACUGGCUGAGUGUGUGGCCCCCAGUUCUAUAAUGCCAAUGUGGAACAGCCAAACUGGAUUUUAAACUUGAGUGGGUUUUUUUUAAAGCUCUUGUGUGUUUCGAUACUGAGAGACAUUGUGGUGAAACUCCCUUAAAAAGACAGAAGCAAAAAAGAGCAGCAUUGAGUGCUACCUGUAGUGUGCAUGCCGUUGGCUCCUCUGCAUCAAGGCUAUAAUUUACAGUAAGAAAAAAAAUUGGGUCCGAGCUUGCUAUCUUUACUGCACCCCAAGUUGUGCCUGAACUAAGGAAUAACCCCACCAGAAUAAUUGGACAUCCUGGUUGUUCUGAGGGCACACUGCUUGCUUUUUUCUUUUUUUUUACAUUAAGGCAUAAUUGCUCAAGUGCGUUGUGUGCCCUUAAGCCAGCUGGGCAUGGAUGUUAUGUGCCUGUGAAUUAAUGGGUAGCAUCUGACCUAAUACUCAGAGUAGACCCAUUGAAAUCAGUGGACUUACUGAAGUCAGAUACUGCCCAGUUUGUUUCUCUGCAAAAUAUGAGGAGGCAGGGACCUGCACCUUUCCUGGUUGCUGCCUCUGUGAGUUCAUCACAGUGAUUCCAUUUAAAUGUGUACCAUUUGCACACCAUACAGCGUUUUCUGCCCCUAAAUACAAACAACAACAACACAUUUUCAGAAGUGACCUUAUUUGCUUGAUAAACAUCAAGGGAGCUGUGUUGCUGGGCCAACACUUUUUAAUUUAUCUUCAGCUAUGAUACGAACUUCUUUGCUGGAUGUGAAGGUUGGCCUUUCCCUCACUGUGGUUCUCUCCACCCUGCCCCCACUCCCCACCAACUUUAAAUUAAGGCAGUUUGAGUGCCAUACAGUAUAACCAGCUGCCAGUGGGAGUUUUCCCUUUACGUUUCAAUUCUGUGUUUUCCCUCUUGCACAGUUAUAAUAGAUCCUGGUCCUUUUUUAGUUAUCAUGUCUGACUGCCUUAAAAUUUAAUGAUAUGCAUUAAAUCUAGUUGAAUGUUCUAGAUAAUUUUUCAGAGAAGUUGCUUUUACAAGUUGCCGACCUUCAUUAAAAAUGCAGGCUUCUACUGACUAUAUACCAAGUAAUACUAAAACAAAAUAAAAAUUGGUGGUUUUCUUUUUAAAAGCGUUGCUUCUUUUAAGUAGUAUUUAUGGUUAGGUUUGCAGUAUAGCUAUUAUCUGAUCGAGACUAAUGGGCAGUCUAGAUGUGAUAGGAGCAAACCCGUGUGUUGCUGCCAAAUCUCUUUAAAUUCAGUUUAAAAACACUGAAGUUGUGGGCAAAAGAGGGUUGUUGAAGUCUUCCCCUUAUUGUGCUUUCCGUCAGAAACGGCUUCUCUUGAGACAUUUUUUCCUGCUGUUUUCGGAGCACUACCACCAGGAGAAAAGCAACUGGGGAGAACUGGUUUCAGAAGCCCUCUCGUUUGCAUCCUUAAAUGUAAGAUGUGUAUGUGAGCAUGACGAUUAAGUCCUAUUGCUUUCAGUGGGACUUAGGUUUGUUAGGAUGGGCAACCUGUUCUGUUAGUUUGAGUGAUUUAGGCUGAAGUCCUACGCACUCUUACCUGGAAGUACAUCCCAGUGAAGUCAAUGGGACUUACUUCUGAGUAGACAUCUAUAGGCAUGUGCCGUUAGUUCCAACUAACGUUAGCUGGAUUGGGCCCAAAUGUUGCAGUUCAACACAGAGUUAGGUACAUUUAAGCAUGCCUAAUUCUGUACUGGAGUGUGGCCCUGGUCUGUCUUCCUGUUCAUAUCAGUGGUACUUUUGCCACCGAUGGUGAAAAUGAUAUUAGCACUAGGGCUUGUUAACUCUUUAUACUUCCCACUGAAACCUAAUGGAGUGAUUUCCCUUUGACUGCUGUGGUACCUGGUCCUGCCUAAGGAUUAUCCUGCUAGGUUUACUGCUCAAAUCAAUCAAUCUUUGUUACAGUCAAUGAUCAGAACAUAAUAAAAACUACAUAAAACAUAUACUCCAAAUAUAUAAAUUAUAUAAAAUAGAACUCCCAGAGGUGUGUGUAUAGGAUUGCAGCGUGAUACAGUCCUAUACAUGUCUCAUCAGAAGUAAGCUCCACUGAGUUCAGUGGUACUUGUUCCCCUGGUAAGUGCAUAUAGGGUUGUAUCCUUAAUUCUGCAAGGCACCUAACCCAUAUCUAAUAUUGGAAUAGUCUCGUGGUUAAGGUGUAUGCAACUGUAUGUAUUUUCAAAGAAACAGUUUUUAGCCUGUCUCUCUGAAGGCCCAGUUUUACAAUCAUAUUUAAUGCCCAGUGUGCUUCUUUUUUAGGCACUUGUGAAUUUCCUAGCAGCGUUUCUGCCUAUUAUGUUUACUGCUCUUUCGUGAUGCAAAGGGGUACACAUUGAGCUAAAACAGCUAAGAUCCUGCUGAUCAGCGCCGCCCUGGGCUCCUAUUGGGAGGAAGGGUGGGAUAUAAAUCUAAUAAAUAAAUAAUAAAUAAGUGAGGCUGGAAUUGAAUCCAGCUCUCCCUUCCAAACAGCUGACCAGCAGAAUUGUUAAAGUGUUUUGUCAGUCAUUUGUAAAAAUCCACCAAUUUCCCAAAGAAGUGACUUUUGGGAAUAAUUUGGGUGCACAUGCACAAUAAUAAGCCUGCCAUUAGAGAAGUACAGGCACUGAUGCUAUAAAUGGUGACAUUUAAGAUAGCAUAUUGUCAAAUUUACGAUAUGAGGAACAAGGAAUAAAUUUUCAGUUUCCAAAUCUCUGGCAAUACCUUAGAAACGAAAAAAGUCAGCUUAGGAACCAAAAAGCCAUGAGCAGACCAUCUGAAAAGAUAACAUGUGCCAGUUUUAAAGAGGCAUUUCUCUUAUUGCAGACUGGCCCAAUUUGUUCCAGAUAUCCUUCAAUGUUAUUAAUGCCUCACCAUUACAUGCUGACCUGUAAAAAUGCACUUGCUACAGCUUGUCAAUAUUUGUUCUCCCAGAGGCUUAGAACAUAUUGGGCAUGAUUCAGCCAAAGUUAAGCAAUUGUGUGCCCCAUUGCCUUUAAUGGGAGAGUUUCUUUACUGCCACAAAUCAGUGAGGCUCAACAGUACUUAAUCUGGACUGGUUUAUACUCCGUGAGUGUGUGUGUGUAUGUGUAAUCUAAGCAUUGAAGGAGGUGAUUCUCAGUCUUGUAGGCAGCUAGUCCUUGACCUUAUUUUUAGAUUCUUUCAUAUGUCACAAAUACACAUUUUUCAGGACUCAGCAUUGCCUUCCAGCUGACCUGGAAACUACUUGGGUCUGCCAUGGUUGUGAUUGUAAAUUAUCUCCAUGAGUACUAACAGCAUUGGAAUGUUACCUGAGUGAAGCUGUAGAUUUCUUCAGGUUCAUCUGAAACUAUUUCUGGGAACCUUAGCCCAUAUAGCUGUUAUUAACUCCAGCUGCAAAUAAUGCCUUAGGUUACUAUUUUAAGCAAAUUUGAAGAUCACCCUGCUUAUACUCUGUCAGAAAUGCUACCGUGUAGCCCUUUGAAUCCAAUUACAUAGAUUAUCUGGAAGUACAUUUCACUCAACUAAUAUUUAUGACAUUGGUUAAUGGUCAUUGAGAAGAGUUUUAAGGCUUUUUUGAGCUUUGCUGUAAUUAAACACAAUAUAUAUAUAUAGGUAUACAGUCUCUAAAUAGUUUCAUUUGGCUGAGCAGUUCUUAUGCAUACAUUUCAGACUGCAUUGUGGAACUCUGAAAGAAAAAAAUUAGCAUGAAUGGCUGAAUGAAUUCUUACUCUUUCUGUGAAAGGAAAAAAAGCCUCUUCACUUUGCUUUCAGUGUACUGGUUGUUUUCUGUUACAGAAAAUAAGAUACUUUUCCUAAUGCACUCUCAAUUCACAAAUGCAAAAACCAAUGUAUAUUCUCUCGUCUUCUAAACUAGAAUAUGCAAGAAGUGUAUUCUUGUUUAUUCUUGUACAUUUGAUGGCCAUUGAGUCCAAAAGUGCUACAUGAAGUGGAGAAAAAUAUCAAUAGGUUGUAAAUCACAAUAAUGCUGAUGUAAUUUGACUGUCUGGGGAAUUAUUUUUUAAAAUUUUAUUUUUGGACUGUUAAUGAGUGUAUUUCUGGAAAUUACUUCUGUAUAUAUAUGCACUAGUGCAAUAAAUUAUAGAAAACAAAAUAACAUCUCAUUUUGAUGAGCUGAUGAAUGCAAAGAACAUAUAUUGUAAUAA